AUGAAUUUACUCAGAACACUUCAUAACUUUGAAGUUCCACAGUCUUUCCAGAGUGGUCAAACUUGCUGUUGGUGUGGUCUUGAGAUUGACAAGGCCCAUAUCGUGGAAUGUUCUCUUUGCCACCAAACCUUCCACGACUACUGCAAGUCCUCUGUUUUUUCUCCCUGUUAUUGUGGACCACUCUUUCCGAUGGAAACUCCGUAUUAUCACAAUCUUAUUCCAACAAAUGAGAAAGGAUUGUGCAGUGUAUGUCGCAAAAUGUCAGGUCCGCUCAUGAAGUGCACAAAAUGUACGUUAUAUUUCCAUGAAAAGUGCACAUUAUGUUCACCACCUCUUUGUAGACAGGCUUCCCUCCCUGUUGACUUUUACACUCAUUAUCUCGUCUCCACAUCCCGGGGAAGAUGCUCGGUCUGCGGGAAAGUUAUCCAACCUAACCAACAAAGUGUGGGUUAUCACUGCAUUUAUUGUGAGGACCAGUUCCAUAGCACUUGUGUAUCGGCGACUCUUCCGAUCUCGGUACUGCGAUGCCCCCGCGACAAACUUGGUCUUUCAAAGUACUUAGUCCACCCUUCUGAUAUCCGCCAAGACGUUGUAAUUCAACGAGAAUCACAAACUCCGCUGAUUUUCGUCGUCAAUGAAAACUCGGGAGGGUCACGAGCCAAACGCGUGUCCUCUUUAUUCGAGAAGUACUUUUCUACCUCUCAAUUCGUUCUGAUUCAAAACAUUGACUUUGCUGCUAAUAGGUUUGGAAACUAUAUUAAUGGUUCUUCAAUCUCAGAUAAGAUUGACAACAAUCUCGUUGUCAUAGUAUGUGGAGGUGACGGAUCGAUAGAGGCCUCUAUCGAUCACUUUGGCCCAUAUCAAAAGUACUUAAUUCUUCCAUAUGGCACAGGGAAUGACUUAAGUCGGUCGUUAGGAUUUACUCCUGAUGAGAUUUUAGAUACGAUUGAAGAGAACGGUCUGUCUGCUCUCCGCGAAGUAUUGAAGUUACCGACUGAAUUUGUAGACCGCUGGGUCCUUCAAGUUUCGAAUUACAAGUUCGGGAAGAAUGAGGAAUUCAGAGAUUUCCGGAGAUUUACGAAUUAUUUGAGUGUCGGAAUGGACGGAGCAGUAGCACAGAAAUUUUCAGAGAGUCGGAGCUAUGGACCGAGUGGACCUUUUCUCAACAAGUGUCGAUACGCGCUCAGCUCAACAGCGUUACUCGACAAUUAUUGCUUGGACAUCGAUACUAAAGUGUUGUUAGAACUCGACGGAGAGGAUGUUGAGUUACCUCCAAUGGACUGUUUAGUAUUCAUGUCGAGCGUUACGUGUUAUGGAGGACAAAGACUAUUAAAAAGUUCGGAAGAAGCACAAAAGAUGGACGACGGAAUAAUUGAAAUAUUUUACAUCAAAGGAUCGUUGGAAAUGGGAAGCGUCUCGGUCGGAAUGGCGAAACCGACACUCCUGGCAAGAGCAAAAGACAUUGUAUUGACAAUUAAACCAAAUUUCGUUCUGCCAUUCCAAUCUGAUGGAGAACCUUUUUUACUCCAAAAUGCAGUGAUACAUUUGUACACAGAAAGUCAAAUCCUUUUUUUCUCAGAAAGAAAAAAAAUGACGUCAGACUAG